AGGUUGGCAUUGGAUGUAUUUUGUGAUAUGGAAUUACACAAAUUUCCUGCAGAUAAACAGAAAUGCAAAAUUGUUGUGGAAAGUUGUAAGUUAUAUCUUCAACUAUAUGUUCAAGAUGCGCAAUAUACAGAGCUGCAAAUGCCUAUAUGCACUAUAUACUGUACAGCCAGUAUAUAGCUGUAGUAUUUUAACCUUAAAACCCAACUAUGCUAAGUAAAACUCCUUGUUAAUACAGCUGUCUAGUUCUCCUCGAGGUGCCUGUUUUUUCCCGCCGGAAGUGCUAACUCCCGGAUGUUACACUCCUUUUUUCCUGGAUUAAAACCAGAGUCCCUGCAACAUAACAUCUAAACUAAUAAUGUCAACACUAUAACCUAACAGUUUGUAAUCCCUUAGUGUUUUAUACUCUAAUAUUAAUGUAAUUACUCACGAAUAAUAGUCCGGUGUCUGUCUAUCUCUUUGCGGAUAUCGGGCUGCUGGAACUGCAUUUUCUCCGCUAACCACUUGUUGGUCUGGAACGGGUUGCUGGUUGAUAUCUGGAUCCAUGACGUCAUUUUCGUUUUCUUCGGGUGUUUCCCUAUGGAUCACCUGAUCUUGAUGGCGAUGAACCUCGCGGUCGUCUUCCAACUGUAUGGUAUAGGAAACUGGCCCGGUUUGUGUAUUGAUCACUCCUGGACACCACUUUUGUUGUUUUCCAUAUUCUCUCGAAUAUACUAAAUCACCUGGUCGUAAUUGUCGAUCCACUGCAUGUUGAUCGUGUAACUCUUUCUGCUUCUUCUGUUGGUCCUGUACUCUUUGUCUUACAUCUGGAUGUAGUACGUCCAAGGGCCGGAAGAUCUUGGUUUUCUGCUCAUAAGCAUUUCCGCUGGCGCUAUCCCUGUGGUUGAGUGUGGCGUGAAACGGUAUUUGAAGAGAAACCGAGACACUCUAGUUUCCAAACUUUCCUUAUUUGACAUCUUCUUCAUCCCUUCCUUAAACGUCUGGACCGCCCGUUCUGCAAGUCCAUUGGAGGCUGGAUGAUAAGGAGCAGUCCUUCUGUGAUGAAUGCCGUUUUUCGCCAGAAAUUCUUCGAAUUCUUCACUGCAAAAAUUACUACCGUUAUCACUAACAAUUGUUUUAGGAAGGCCGUGGAUUGCAAAUGUUGAUCGAAGUUUUUCAAUUGUUGCUCUCGAUGUUGCCACAUUCGUUGGAUGCACUUCGAGCCAUUUUGAGUACGCAUCGACCAUGAUGAGGAACAUUUUCCCCAAGAAUGGACCAGCAUAGUCAAUGUGAAUUCUUUCCCAUGGUCGGCUUGGCCAUUCCCACGGGUGCAGUGGCGCUUCAGGAGGAUUCUUUCUAUUUAUCUGGCAGUUGUUGCACGUUCGUACUUUGUUUUCCAAAUCGUUAUCCAUAUUCGGCCACCACACGUAGCUUCUUGCUAGACUUUUCAUCUUACAUAUUCCUGGGUGGGUUUCAUGUAAUUCGUCAACCACUUGCCUUCUUCCUUGGGGUGGAACAACCACUCUGUUUCCCCAAAGUAUACAGUCGUCUUGAACACUCAGCUCGUCUCGUCGUUGAAAAUAUGGUUGAAACUCCCCAUCUGGACACUUGCUAGGCCAACCUUGUUUGAUAAAUUUCAAAACUCUAGCAAGUAUAGGAGUUCUUUUUGUCCAGUUCUUCACUUGCUCUGCUCUUAUUGGAGUAGUCUCCAAUAGUUCCAUGAGUAAGAUUGUUUCUUCAGGAACUGGUAUUGAACCUGGGGUGUCUGGCAAUGGUAAUCUACUGAGGGCAUCAGCAUUUGCAUUCUGAAUUCCUUCUUUGUACUGAAUGGCGUAGUCAUACGCAGACAAAAUUAAGGCCCACCGCUGAAUUCGAGCUGCAGCCAUUGGUGGUGUCAUUUUAUCCGGAUGAAGUACCCGCUCAAGCGGCUUGUGAUCUGUCAGUAUGGUGAAAUGUCGACCAUACACGUACUGGUGAAAUUUCUUGACACCAAAUACGAUGGCUAGCGCCUCUUUGUCUAGUUGAUAAUAGGUUUUUUCAGCUGCGGACAGUGAUCUCGAGGCAAAUGCAAUUGGUUGUUCUGUGUUGUCUUCCAUCCGGUGUGACAAAACAGCCCCCAAGCCAUAUGGUGAGGCAUCGCAAGCCAGUAUUAACUCCUUCUCCGGGUCAUAAUGCACCAAUAGAUGUGAGGACUUCAAUAACUCUUUGGAUUUUCUAAAUGCCUCUUGGUGCUCUUCACUCCAUUUCCAACUUUUCCCUUUUUCCAACAGGCUGUGCAGUGGUGCCAGAAUCGUUGAUAAAUUUGGUAAAUACUUUUGGUAAUAGUUGAUCAUUCCCAAGUAUGAUCGAACUUCGGACACAUUCGUCGGUGCCGGUGCAUUGGUGAUGGCUCUGACUUUCUCUUGGAUUGGUUGUAUUCCUUGGCUAUUUAUCUUCUGGCCUAAAUACACCACCUCGUUCACCAUGAAGGCACACUUCUUCUUCUUUAGGCGUAACCCAUGCUCUGACAACCGUUUUAGAACCUCUUCUAAAUUUGCUAAAUGUUCCUCAUCAUUCGAACCAGAGACCAAAAUGUCAUCCACUCGCACAACCACGAAAGGAAUCCCCUGCAGUAGGUUUUCCAUAGUACGCUGGAAAAUCCCAGGGGACGAGGACACUCCAUAUGGCAAUCGAUUGUACUGAAAAAGUCCUUUGUGUGUGUUGAUGGUAGUAUAUUUUUUUGAUUCAUCCUCCAAUAAGAUUUGCUGAUAGGCUUGACUCGUAUCCAGCUUGGUGAAUUUCUCUCCACCACUUAAAGUGGCAAAAAGAUCUUCUGCCUUGGGAAUCGGGUAAUUGUCUAACUUUGCAGCUUGGUUGACAGUUACUUUAUAAUCCCCACAAAUUCUUAUCGACUUAUCAUCCUUAACGAUUGGUACGAUUGGCGCUGCCCAAUCUGCGAACUGGACAGGCUCUAUAGUUCCCUCUCCUUGCAAUCUUUCUAACUCCUUUUCUACUUUUUCCCUCAAUGCAUAGGGAACAGGUCUUGCCUUGUAAUACUUUGGACUUGCAUCCUCAGCCACAUAUAUUUUGGAUUUGAGACCAGAAAAUGUUCCUAACUCUUCAUGAAACACUUUCUCAUACUUCUCAAGUAACUUAUUUACUCUGACUGAGGUAUUCUUGUCCUCUUUUAACUGAAAUAAAUUCUUCCAAUUUAUUUUAAUCUUUUGGAGCCAAUUUCUGCCAAUCAAGUUAGGGCCCUUCCCCGUUAUGACUAGUAAAGGCCAUACGCCUUCUUGAUCUUCAUACUUCACCGAAGUCUCCAGCUGACCCGAAACUUUAACUUGCUCUCCCGUAUAGGUAUUUAGUCUUACCUUUGAUUCCUUCAACUCUAGGUUUGGGUGUUUUUUCUUCAAUAAUGUAUAUGUAUCCUCAUUCAUUACACUAACUGCAGCACCAGUAUCUACUUCCAUCUUUAGACUUUCAUUGCUCACCAGUACAUCAACAACAUAUGGCUCAGCUUGCUCUUUGCCCAGACUAUAAAUCCCAUAGUUGUCAUCUUCCUCUUCGAUCUCGUCAUCCUUCAUGUUUAAAUAGUUGCUGCUAGUGCCUGAGUUAGGGUUGUCGUUUCGUUGAUUUUUUCCAGUCGCCUUAGUGUUGCUUCGACAUUUUCUUGCUAUGUGUCCUUUCUUGUUGCAUUGUUGCGGGUCAUGUUUACCCCCACACCGACCACAUUCAGCCUUUGACCAUGGUUGGUUUCCUUGUCUUUGGUUGUCCACACGGUGUAAUGUUGCAGGUUUCUCAGUAUUUAUAUUUGCAUUGGCCAUCUGAUGUGUCAAAUCUCGUGCAUUCUUUACUGCAGUCUCCAUUGAUGUAGCUAUUUUCAUGGCUUUCUUAAAGUCGAGAGAACUUUCUGCUAACAAUCUACGCUGAAUCUGUUCGUCAUUUAUUCCACACACCAACCGAUCACGUAACAUCUCUUCUAAGGUACUCUUGAAAUCACAAUGUUCUGAAAAACUUCUUAAUUCAGCUACAUACGAAGCAAUUGACUCACCAGGUUUCUUGAACCGAGUAUUAAACUUGAAUCGUUGCACUAUUGCCGAAGGUUUUGGGUGUUGAUGUUGUUGUACAAGUUCUACUAGCUCUGCAAACGUCUUCUCUGACGGUUUUCCUGGCGUGAUUAAGUUCCGAAUCAACUUAUACGUCUUGCUACCACAAACACUCAAUAAUAUCGCUCGUUGUUUAUCUUCGUCGUCCACGCCAUUUGCUUCGAAAUAAAAUUCCAACCGCUCAAUAUACUGACUCCAUUCCUCUUGUGAGUCAUAUUCUUCUAGUUUUCCAUGAUUUGCCAUUUUAUCUCGUCGCCAAAUGUAGUAUUUUAACCUUAAAACCCGACUAUGCUAAGUAAAACUCCUUGUUAAUACAGCUGUCUAGUUCUCCUCGAGGUGCCUGUUUUUUCCCGCCGGAAGUGCUAACUCCCGGAUGUUACAAUAGCGUGUGUUGGCGAAAGCCUAUUUAUGAUUAUAUGUUAUGUCAAUUUUUAUUACGACACCGAAAUUUUUAUUAGGACACACUAUAUCUGUGGUCACUCCCUACCAAUAUUUACGUAUCUUUGCAUGUGUGUCAUUGUCGUACAAGUAUAUUGUUUGUUAUGUGCGGCGAAUCUUGUAAAUAAAUAAACUAUAAUACAUUUUUAAAUAUGUUUAGAUGGUGAUUCAGACGAGAAAAUAAGUUUGGAAUGGGAGAAAAAAAGAUGUCCUGUGUUAUUUGCAGGAAAAUACGGAAGUCCUCAAUUCAAAUUAUUCGGCUCUUGUCCAAAGGUUUCAACCAGCAUUGCGUACUACGCUGGAAGUAAGUCGUAUAAAUGAGUGAAUAGCAAGGGCUACCCCGCUAUGGAAAUACGGGGCAAAUAUUAAUACUCCAAGUAUAUACUUAACAUGGCCUGCGCCGCAUACUUCAAAACACAUGUGUAAUAGGCUCUCGUUUGGACGGUAUGCACGUACUUCUCCAGACUUGACCUUGAGCCAAGUUAUAUCUUUCCUUAUAAUAAUAAUAAUAAUAAUAAUAAUAAUAAUAAUAAUAUUUAAUAUUUAUAUUGCGCAAAUUAACAUGUUGUAGUAUAUGAUCAAAUGCGCAUAACGACAUCACGUCACAAGUUGGCGAGGUAAAAAAAUAUUUUCCGGAAAUUAAAAAAAAAGGUUCAAAAAUAGUUAAAUUAAGGUUAAAAAAAAUUUUCAGGACAAAUCUUUCUGCAGCCAUAAAUUAGGCUAUGGUCACUGACACCCAAUGCAUCACCCCAGAAUUAAUAAUAUUUUCUGGCUUAUUAGUAAAGAACAAGUCCAACAAUAUUUGCGUUUCUUCCGUAAUACGUGUUUCCUCUGUAGCUAUAUUAUCUACACACCCAUUUUCAUGUUGCAAUUUGGACAGAGAAUAUAUUACAUGUCGCUAUUAUCUAUCUUAUUCCCUAAUAUAACAUUUUCUUGCUGUUUUAGGGAGAUUCACCGCACUGGAAACAUAUAUAGAAUUCAGCCGCCGUGUAACGUCAUUUGUGUUUACAGUUUACGUUCCUGCAGCAAUGAUCGUGUUUCUAUCUACUCUUUCAUUCUGGAUUCGUCCAAGUUCUGUUCCAGCCAGAAUUGCUUUGGGUAUUACGACAGUUUUAUCUGAAGCAACAGUAAUGAGUGCAGCCCUGAAUGCCUAUCCUACGGUCUCAUAUUUGAAAGCAUUGGAUCUGUACACAAUGGUUUGUUUUUGUUUUACAUUUUGUGUGCUCAUUGAAUAUGCCAUCGUGCAUAUUAUGAUGGUUAACAAGAAGAUGCCAUUCCACCAUCAAGAUCAGGGAGGCCAGGUUAGUCAUUAUAGUUAUUAUAUAGUUAUUAUAGGUUAGUUAUUAUAUCGAUACAAUUCUAUAUAGAUAGAUAGAUAUAGAUGUUAGAAUAUUUGUGAACUUGUUCAUAGCACGGAAUGGGAAUGACUCAGACACAUCACUUUUCUUCAAAACUAAAAUCUAAAACUUUGGGGAUCCAGUUUGUAACAAGGGUUUUUGAUCGAAACCCCACCGGCUUAGUUUUGUAAUUCUUCCAAUCAGUUACUUAUGCUUAAGUCAUGCAUAUUACUAUGUUAUUGAUAAAUGUACUGGCAUCAUGCUAGUAAAUUUAUCAACGAUACUGAGAUACAUUUUCUAUGACGAAUUUACUCACAGCACGUUCUACGAAAGGGUUGCAUAUUCUAUUAGACAAAUCGUACGAAUUCAAGGAGAAUUAACCCAAAAUUUGAUUGUUAAACGUUUUGGAAAAAAUAAACCAAUUUUGCAAGUUUUGCGUCACCUUUUUAGUAAAAUACUUUUUAGAGUUUGAUUUUGCCAGACGGAAAUAGAUUUUUCGGCUUUCGGGCCAAAUUCACUUUUACACAAUUUUGUGAUUUUUUCACAAAAUUAACAUUUUCCGGUUUUUGGCAAAAUUCAGUUUUAGAAUCCAAUGUGGAAAUCUCUCCAAAAUCUCGCUAAAUAGAAUCAUAUUAUGAAGGAGUAUUGUAGAUAGAAAUUAUUGAGUGGACAUUUAUGUAGUAUUUAAAACACGAGCAUACAGGAGUGCUUUACCAGAUAUAAUUAUAUAUCUGAUAAAGCACGGACUAUACGAAUGAGUUUUAAAUGGUUUAAAAAACGACUUUUUAAACUAAACGUUGUCUAGGCCGAGAAAAUCAAACCUAAAUUUUUUGUAAAUAAACAUGCAUGAUUUUUAUCACAUAUAAGACCACCGACACGGCAGUGAUUUCUUUUGUAUUUUCCUCAUGAAUUAUUAAUGAGUUUUUAAAAUAUAUUUAUUAACCCUAUCGUAGAACCAGUUUCAUUCGUUAAACAUAAAUAUAUUCCAUGACAUGUCUGAAACCAUGAAUGUUGAUGAAUCGUCAUUAAUCCGAGAAAGAUUUAAACCACGGCGACGUUUCGGACUCUUCUAGUUUAAGAGGGUUAAACCGUUUUCUUCAAUGCAGCGAUAAACGUUAUUUACGAGCUUGGUAGGCUAUUUAUUAAUAUAACCCAACAUUCGACAUGGAAAGAAGGGCCUGCUUUCCAGGAGAAAUACAAGUUUAUUUUGAAAUAUAAAUUAUCAUUGCCCCAGUUAAAAAUAAAACGACAUAUUUUCGAUCAUCUAGCUGGAAGAUGACAAUGGAGAUGAAGUUGAAAAUGUAGAAGGGCAACAAAAUAUCAAGCAAACUGUCGACCGUUAUCCGUCAUGGACACCAACAUCCAAUCUCAAAUUCGAGUCUGGUUGUGCCAACGGUGGUUUUCCUCUAAGAAAGAUUCCUUCACGAUCAUUUCAAGCUAUCUUUGAUCCAAACCUUCCACCUGAUCAGCGACAGAACUAUCGACGUAAACCCAAAAUGCCGGCAGAAGAAAAACGAUGCAAAGAAAGACAGUUACUUAUUGAUUUUGUGAGUCCAUUGGAUACUGUUUCUCGAGUGAUUUUCCCUCUAGCUUUUGUUGUUUUUAACAUUUUCUAUUUUCUCUGGAUGAUGGACGAAAUUUAAACAAAGCAUUAUAAAGAGGUUCCUCAGAGUGCACGUAAAUUUAACUUAACUUGGUAAAAGGCACAAUUAGAGUGCAUGCAUAUGCGCGGCUGGCCAAAUGUUGACAUACGUUUUAAUUAUUUUACUGUUGUAGUUGUCGUUACUGUUGAUGUAGUCGUCGAAGCGUUGUUUUAAUUUCUCAGGCUAUAGUGAAAAUCUGAAUGUGUUGUGGAGUGUAUUGGCAAAUGUGAUGUAGUACAGGCAAAUAUUUUUUUGUCAAUUUGAAACGACAUUUAUUAUUAUUAUAUAUUUACAACCUC